AUGCAAAAAUUCGUUGCUCGAAAUGCCAACAGCAAACAAUUAUCAUCCUUUCGUUUCUGCACUCGGAAUGUACUGCCCAUAUCGGACUCGUCCACUAGCAUCACCACACGGUUAAAAUCUAUAUUUUCUUUUAGCAAGAAUUAUCAUCAUCAUACUUGUUUCAUUCAUACAAAUAUACCGACCUCUUCUUCUGUACUGGUUCAUCAUCAUCAACAGUCGGAUCAUAGAAGAGAAUUUUCUCGGAAUGUACUUGCAUUGAAAAAGAGUGGAGUAGAGAAUGAUCCCUUACUAAAGAUGCUUGAUUUUGCAAAACAGGAAGUGAGAAUGAAAGAAGAUGGAUUUAAAAAGACAAAAGAUGGUCGGUUCUACACCAAAACAUAUAUAGACCCCGAAAUGAUGACCCCAGAUGAAAAACAAGAAUAUGAAAGCGGUACUUUUGAUGACGUUAAUGAGCAAGAUUUUGAAUCAUGGAUGAAGAAAAUGGAAAAGGAAGAACGAGUCAUGUCUCGUUCUCAUGAUGAGUCUUUUUUGAAUGAUACAAUUCCAGGAGAAAUGAAAGAUUUCAGUUUUUCAGAUUUAUUGGACGAAGCAGAGCAGUAUUUAAUUCAUGGCAAACCAAUUCCUUUCUUUAACCGACUUGCAGAUCAUGUACCUCGAGGAGAACGAGAAGACAUAUUCAAGCGAACGGAUUAUUCUCACUUAAAGGACAAUCCACCAACAAUGAAAGACGUUCAACAAAUGGUUAAAUUUACUGAAAUGGGAUCAGUGAAUAACGAUGAGAAGAAAGAUGUUUUUCGAAAAAAGGAUGGAAAGAUUGAUUAUGUAAAAACUGAGCGAAGAAUGUAUUAUCAGGCUUCGAAAAAGUCAACUAUUGAAAAUUUCUCUGAGGUGGAACAUGAUGAAGAAGAACCUGGUGACGUCGAUGAGGAAAAAAUGGAAUAUGACACACCUGAAGAUUUUGAAAGAAUUAAGGUUCCUGAUGAUGCCUUCUCAGCCUAUCACUAUUUUAGAAAUGAAGUUUACCUGCGGAAAGUGGAUUAUCCAAAAUCUCGAGAAGAAGAGGAGCAGGAGAUUUCUGAAUUUUUCAUUGAGGCCUAUCAUGAUCCUCAUGCUCCAAAAUCAUACAAUGACGAUACCGAAGUGAAAGAGUUCUUGUUAAAGAAAUAUAACAGUUUUGACAAGGCAUUGGCAACGUUAGAAACUGGCCAAAGUAAUGCUACUCCUCUUACAGCAGUGAACCGAUUAUUCGAAAUUAAGGAAGAAUUAUUGAAAAAUCAAAAAAAGAAAAAAGAUCGAAAAGCAGAUCAAAUUCUUGAUCGUAUCACUCAGCUGAAUAGAGUUGUGCUUGCAAAAGGACAGAUGGACGCCAAAUUUGAAUAUGAUCCAUCCACAGGUCGAGUGGAACGAAAAAAGAGAAUUGUCGAGCAGGAUGUCAUGUAUGAACCUAUCAAGAGCGAAGACAUCAGCGAAGAAAACAAAAAAUCCAAUGCUAAAUUACCCAAAGCUGAGUUGAUAGGUGACACUGAAGAUGACAUUGAUGAAGAGAUAAUGACUCAAUACAUGAAAGACUUGGAGAGUGGCGAAACGUAUGAAGAAGAAGCCACAACAGAAGAGAUUUUAUUAAGCAGACUCAUGCGGCAAGUGAAUCCAAACAAGUUGGACGUUGAAAAUUUCACAGAAUCAGAAUUAAGACGACUUCAAGAGCUUGUCCACGAAAAUAAGGAUAAAUUUGCCAAACUAUCGUCAAGAAAAAGAAGGAGAUCAUACACACCACGAGCACCUACUAUGGACAUGUUCUUGCCUAGUGACAGUGAGCUUGAAAAAGCCAUUGAAAAGGAGUUUGGUAUUACCUAUGAACAAUUUAACAGAGCUGUUGAAGAAAAUCCACAAUAUGCACAAAUCAUGGGUCAGCUUGGUCAUGAUGCUGAUUUUGCUUUCCGAGCAUUGUCACAAGCCAUUGUUGAAAUGGGAGGCACUCAGAAGAUAGAAGAGAAGCUGAACGAAGAGAGUAAAGUGAAUCGAUCGUUUGGAGAAUGGAUGAAUGUGUUUAAGAGUGACCCUGCCAUGGCCAACAAGUCGUUUGAGGAGAUAGUACAAGAGUAUUCAAAGAAAUUCAAAAAGAAAUAA